AUGCCCCUACCAGGCCAAGAAAACGGUCCCAACACCUUCAAACCCGUGCUCGACAAGCUCGUCCGCACACCAGAGUACUUCCGACCCGCCGACCUCAAGUCCGCUUUGGACCACAUCUUCGAGCCGGGAUGCGUCCUGCCUGCUCAAAUCGGCGCCUUCCUGAUGGCGCUGCAUUUGUUGAGAAUAGAGCGGAGGCCGGAGAUGUUGGCGGCUGCGGCGGAUGUGUUGAGGAAGAGGGCGUUGAAGGCUGCGAUUGAGGAUUGGGAUAAGGAUUUUGUGGUUGAUAUUGUGGGGACGGGUGGGGAUGGACAUAAUACGUUCAAUGUUAGUACGACGGCGGCUGUCGUUGCUGCUGGUGCUGGCGCACGGGUUAUCAAGCACGGCAGUCGCGCCUCGACCUCCUCCUCCGGCUCCGCCGACCUCCUCCAAUCCCUGAACUGCCUCUUCGUCCCCCCAACUGUCGACACGCCCAUGCCCAUCUCCCGCAUCCCCUUCACCUUUAUCCUCGCCCCGCACUACCACCCCUCCCUGGCCUUCCUCGCACCCUACCGCAAAUCCCUCCCCUUCCGCACCAUGUUCAACGUCCUCGGCCCGCUCAUCAAUCCCGCCAAUCCACGCGGAAUGGUCCUCGGCGUCGCCGAACGCGAACUCGGAAUGACCUUCGCACAUUCGCUUCAGGACAGUGGAGUCGAGCGUGCGCUCGUCGUCUGUGGUGCGGAGGGAUUGGACGAGAUCUCGUGUGCGGGGGAUACGUACGUUUGGGAGUUGAAGAGCGGCCAGAUCAGCGAGACGAGGAUUAAUCCGACUAUGUUCGGGUUGAAGGCGCAUUUGUUGGCGGAGGUGGCGGGGGGGACGCCGGAGGAGAAUUCGAGGACGUUUAGGGAGCUGUUGAGGUCUGGGAGCGAUAUUCCGGAGAGGUUGACGGCUGUGUUGGAUUUCGUGCUUAUGAAUGCGUCGGCGCUGCUGGUUGUUGCUGGGGUGGCGAAGGAUUAUAUAGAGGGGACGAAGCUGGCGAGGGAGUCGAUUGUUUCGGGGAAGGCGUGGGAGGCAUUGGAGACGUUCAGGAAAGAGGGAGAGCGGGUGGCGGACGAGGCGUUCCCUAACAGGGACAGAAGCCUCCCGGUGAAGAAUAUCUUCUAG